CAACAUCCGACCAUUCCUUCUCUUGACCUUUGACCUUUGACUGUAUUACCGUCCACCAAGACGGUUUUCCCGCAAGUGUUAUCUGAACUGCUAAAUAUCCUAUUUCUUUCUAUCGGCGGGUUGCACAGCUGCUAGCAGCGAUGGACGUCGCGUACGAUCAUAUCCAGGAGGAGAUCUUCAAGACCGACUCCAAGUCGGCUGGCGGUUCCCAGGACGACGGCGCCAAAUCUCAGCAAUCCAAUCUUGACCUCAGCACCGAAUUCCAAGAGACAUUCCGCGCAUUCUCAUCUAGUGCCUGGGGCGUACGCAUUGGCGGUUUUAUCGACAAUGUCCGCAAACAAGGCGAGAGUUACUACGAAGGCGCCCGCCAAGAGUACGCCGCUGCGAGCGAGGAAGCUGUAAAGGGUAUCUCUGGUUUAAGGGACAACAUCGUUGGACGAACGCGCGGACUUUCUCUGAGCACCGCAUUCUCAAGCAAGGACGAGGAGAAAGACAAUAAGGAUGAGGCGAAGACGCCCACAUUGUCAAAGACAAAGGAUGGCGAGCCAGUACAACAGCAGGGGGACGAGGGUAGUGCGGAGGCCGCAAGUGAAUCUGGAGAGGGCUUCUUUUCCCGCUUCAAGGCGGAGGCUUCCAGGCGGCUCAAGGAAAUAGAGAAAGCAGAGGAAGCUGCUGAUGAGGCGAUCUUGCGGUUCGGGAUGAAUAUCAGCCAGAAACUUCGUGAGGCAGUUAGCAUUGUACCCCCUAAUUCGGAAGAGGCGAAUAAGGGGCAGCUCCUGUUUGAAAGCAAGGAUUCGGAGGGAAAGAGGGUCAUCCAUGCCACGCGCUUCGAUGCUCAACUACAUGUCAUUCAUUCUAAUCUGGAGAACUUCACCAAGGACCCCGUCAGCGACGAGUGGCCAACUUUUAAGACGGGGUUUAAUGUUGACAGCAAAACCAACGCGAUUGCUACAGACUUGGAAACAUACCCUGAACUCCGGUCAGUCAUGGAGAAGCUCGUGCCUGAGAAGGUUGAGUACGCUGAUUUCUGGUGCCGGUACUACUUCCUCCGUCUGGUCGUAGAAACGGAAGAGAAGAAACGCAGGGAGCUUCUUAAAGGCGCUGUUGAUGACGAGGAGGAAGUUGGCUGGGACGACGACUCUGACUCCGAGUCUGAGUCUCCAUCCACACCUCAAGUCAAGGCAAACAAGACUGCUGCAUUGUGCAAGCUGGACAAGGAUGGUUUACUUAAGCCCAGCGAACCGCGCCGAUCAAAUGACCAACAAUCCCAGGCCGAUAGCGAAUCCAGCUAUGAUCUCGUCAGCGGCACGACCAGCCGGGCUCCUGAGAGCCCAAAGGAAAAGACCCAUCUUUCAAGCACGGCGGAAGAUAGUGACGAAGAAGACUGGGAAUAAUUGCCUCCUUUCUUGAACCCGUCAUCCAUGGUAUAUUCACGGAUCAACCAUGGAUUAUACGAAUCUCCUCAGGACACAUGCGAGUCAUCUUGUCUUCUCCUGUUAUCUCAACUAUUCCUAAUAAGAGCAUGAUUGCUCACAUUCAUUAUAAACCGGUAUGCGACCAGGAUGCCAGACACGAGAGCCGAGACUGGGUCUCAGUGAAAUGGUAAUAAGCUAUGACGUACUGGAGUCACGGUUGGACCUAGCAACUUUUUUAUUUAUGGCGUUGUUUAUUUUACAGCUUUCGUUUCACUUGUCUCGGGUCUUCUCUUAGGCGUUCUGCGGGUCCCCUUCUUUCUCUUGUCAGAUUUUCUGGUUCCCUAACCUUGCUUUACUUGAUAAUCAGCAUCCGUCUCCCUCCCUCAUUGUUUAUACUAGUUACAGGUUUCCUACUGAAUGACUAAUCUGUGCUUCCCUGCCGUUUGCAAUCAUGUGCUUAAUAGUUUUUUUUUUUACAGUUUCGAGAGCUUGGAAUUUGAGACAUGUU